AAAAAAUCCUAUAUAUUGUUUUCUCCUGCGACCAAGAUGAUCGAAAUCCGGGAUGAGAAGCAAAUGUCUUUCCACGUUUGUAGCCUGGCUUGUUUCCCGUUUGCGGAAACGGCUGAGCCCCACCGCAUCGCGCGUGACAUUUAUCACAGCCACAAAAGUUUCGCCUCUUGGUGCGCGACUUUUCCUCCCAAAUGCGAUAUUUAUCACAGCCACGGCCACAGCCACAAGGGUGUUCUUCUUGGAGCAAAACCAUCACCCCAGUGUGGUAUUCAUCGACUUACUCUCCUCGUCUGUAUGAUCGACUGAUGUCCUCCAUCUCUACUCCUUUCACUCGUUUUUUCCUCACUCUCUGCAUAUGCUCAUAGUUUGGAGUUAAAAGUGCGUAUAAGAUUUGAAGACCCCAAAUAAAUCCUCGUACAGAUCCCAAACUCCUAUGCUGCAGUAACUAUAUGCAACAACGGCCAUGAUUACAUGUUGUUCCCUCCAUCCGAACUCACCUCCCAGUGCUCUGCCACUUCCUUUUGGACCACAAAACUCUGGUUCUCCUCCUCCUCCUCCUCUGUUAUCCGGCUUCUCGUAUUCGGGAUUCCAAUCCCGUACCAAAUUCUUUCCGAUCCUGAAACAUCUGAAACUGGCGGAGAGGGGAAACAAGACCAAUUGCCACCUUAAUGCCGUCCAAAACAGCCAAGAAUUGAAUGGAGCUCUAGGAGAAGCAGUUGAUGAUGACGAAGACGAUGCCGAGCUCUGUCCGGUUGAUUGUGUCAGAGAAUUUAAGACGGAAGAAGAAUUCCGGAGGAUACUGGACAAGGCAAAAGAGACCGGUUCGCUCGUUGUGGUGGAUUUCUAUCGCACAUCUUGUGGCAGCUGCAAGUACAUAGAACAAGGCUUUGCAAAAUUGUGCAAAGGCUCUGGUGAUCGAGAAGCUGAUGUGGUCUUCUUAAAGCAUAAUGUUAUUGAUGAAUAUGAUGAGCAGUCUGAAGUUGCAGAACAGCUGCGCAUUAAGUUUGCUAGUUUAGAUGGUUAUGAAGACCUUACUAAAAGGGUGGCCUAGUGCACGAGGCUCUUGUCAUUGUGGGGUUUGGGGAAGGUCAAAUAUAUGCGGUACCCCUCCAUGUGAAGAGGCAUUUCUCCAUGACCUCCCUGUCGCUAUGGAAUAACCUUACCAAUGCAUUUAGGAUUGCUCCUUGUUCCAAAGACUACACAAACUUUCUUUAUUACUUGAUAUCCUAUUUUGCACCAAAUGUUGUCUUUUGCUCACUCCUCUCUCUCUCUCUCUCUUUCUUGGAUGUAUUAAUCAUAAUAUCUUGAAAGAAACAAGGCACAAAUCUCGCUUUUCCUCUCAUACAAAGCUUGUUAUGAUUUCACUUGCUAAAAUUACACUUUGCUAUGAUUAGGGUUAUAUAUGAACCAAGCUCAAGCGAGCCAGUCUACCUGAAGCCUUUUCAUUUUAUAAUUUAGGCAAGCUCAAGCCAGCUCACUUAAGUUCGAGCCAAAAUCAAGCUACUCAUGAGGCUCUUUUAAGAGAUCUGGUAUCUAGUGAUAGCUCAAGGUCUUUCAAGACUUUCAUUUGUCCACUUUGGGUUAAUUAUCCUGAUUAUAUCUUAAAACUGAUAGCUAAAAUACAUUUUGUUCUAUAUAAACUGUGUAAAUUUAAAAGGUAAUUAUAAAAAUAUUUAUAUAUAAAAUAAUAAUGAAAAUAAUGUAUUAGAUAUAUAAUUUUUUCACAUAUACUCAUAUUUUGAAAUUAAUUGAGUUGUGCUUGAGCAAAUUAAGCCUAGCUCUAGCUCAGCACAUUUGCUAAAUAAGCAAACCGCACUCUAGCCAAAUUUUGACUUGAAAUCAAGCUGGCUCGUGGAUAGCUGAGUAUUUAAUGCAUGAGGAUAUUUGCUUUAUAUGACUAUCAGGAUGUCUAUGUUUCUGUUUUCUUAUGAUAUUGGACUAGUAAAUGGAACAUUGAUAAGCAAACUCUCUAACCACCCUCCUGCCAUCAUUUUCUUUUUUGUUUCUUCCACUCUUCCUUCUUGACCUUAUCCUCAUCCCUUCAUUGCCUUCCCUGCAAUAACAAUAAACAUACUGGUUUAUCUUUUUCAUCUUUGUUCUUUUAAGUAAUCCAUUUAAAUCACUUCUUCUUUUAUAAAAUCCUAUUGGCAUAUGAUUCAAAGCACUUGGAGGUGUCAAAUAUGAUUCAUGGAACCUAGCCCAUGAUUAUUCACGUACCUUCUUUCCUUGUGAACUUAUGCUCUAAUGUUCACACCACCUUCUGUAUUCAUCAUCCUAUCCUCGUGUUAUUUUUAGGUUAAUAGAUUCAGGUUUGGAUAUUACCAAAAAAAAGAUUCAGGUAUGGAAAUUGAUGUACCAUGCAUCCAUAUUCUCCCUAAUAAUCAUUUGACAGAAAAUUAUUGUGAAGCAACAGCUGAACCAGUUUCAUAUUUUGCUGAAUUAUUUCUUUAA